AUGUCAGAUAAGGAAGAACAGGCUAGAGAUCUUUCAGCAGAUAAUGAAGAGUUGACAAAAGAGCAGAGACUUGAAGCUGCAAGAAAAAAAUUUGAAGAGAUGAAAAAGAAAAAGAAGAAGGAGAAGAAGAAGAAAGCUAAGAAAGGAGAAGAAACCAAUGACGCAGGAGAAGCGGGAGAAACAGAAGCCGUAGUUACAGGAGAUGAGAUUCUUAGUGGGGAUCAGCUGGAGACAAAAGAAAACACACCAAUUGAGUCUUCAACUACCACGACAGUAACCGGUUUAGAUACAAAACCCGAAAAUGUCCUGGACAACCAGGAAGAAUCUUCUUUACUCCAAGAAGAGAUAAAGAAGGAGAAGGAGAAGGAGAAGGAGAAGGAAGAGAAGAAGGAAGAGAAGAAGGAAGAAAAGACGGAAGAGGAAAAGGAAGAAAAGACGGAAGAGGUGAAGAAAGAGGAAAAGGAAGAAAAGACGGAAGAGGUGAAGGAAGAGGAAAAGAAUGAGGUUGUUGUGCUGGAAGAAUCAGUCAAGGACACAGACAGCGAUAAAAAAACAGGAUCAGAAAUCAAGGGCUUGGAACAAAACAAGGAAAAUCAAACUCACCCAGAUGUGAUUAAAGCAGAAAAGAUCAAGAAUGAGAUCAUUAACUCAACAAUACACGAAUCCCCACAAAAUGAUUCUAACACUGAAGUUCACGAAUCGAAAGCUAUUAAAGAAACAUUGUCCCUGAAAAAAUCUAGAGAGGAGCCCAAAAUUCCUGAGAGUGAGAUUGUAAAGGAUUUGAAAAAGACAGUUGAAGAUCAAAAGAAAUUAAUACUUUCCUUGAAAGAUGAAAUUAAACAUCUCAAGUUGAAUAAAAUGGAGCUAAACGAUAAAAUUAGUGAUUUAGAAAUUGAAAAUGAGCAAUUGAAAGCUUCUGUAAAGUCAGCAAGAGCCAACGCCAUUAACCCCACCAAUUCUACAUCCACAACAAACACUUCCUUUGAACAAUCGCAACCACAUCCUAGCGCUGAAAACUCAGUCUAUAGUGGAACUAUCAAGACUGCCACACAAACAUUUACCACCAAUGAUUAUGCUUCAACUUCUCAACAGAGUCUCAGCAAGUUCCCUUCCACUGAAGAUUUUAGAGAGAAAUUAAUGGUUUGGAAAGGCUGGCAAGUUGAUAUGAGGGAUUGGAGCAACCACACAACGCAAAUAGUACUAUAA